AUGGCUAGGAAAGGCCAGCAACAGAAAGGACUGCAGCAGCAGAUCACAUCGAUAGUAGGAGCGUCCUACUCUCACGCUGAUCUACUGAAGACUGUAUCGCCACAUUCCGGGCCGCACACUCCUUCUAAAUCGCCAAUACCAACUCGGGGCCAUCGGAAUGUCAGUGAUUCCAACUUAACAUCGCCCCGCCAGCCCUAUCGUAAUUUACUUCCACAAGCAGGAGAAGCCUGGAAUUCCAAUCACGAUCAUCAUGACCGCGAUGAUGGCGAUAACGAUGAUGAAUUGGCGUAUGAUGACGACGAAGAUGAGUUCGGACUCCCGAGUGUUACAAGCAUGCGGAAGUCGAAAUUCCAUGAUUUGCGCCGAACGCGCACCACAGGAAGCAGCCUCGACAACCAAACGGGGAGCUCUACUAAUGGCUCUUCAGUGUUAGCACCCGAUAUUGCUGGUAUGCGCCUACGAGCCAACAGUUCGGAUAUCGCAGAAGAGCGGGGAACUCUUUCCUAUCCGAAUGCAAAAGCAUCGGAUGAGGCACAUUCAGCUCGAAUAAGUCGAAUCAAUAAAUUCAAGCGCCUCCUUCAAUCAAGCACUGUGUCUUUGCCUGAACUCCGAGAUCUAGCUUGGUCAGGUAUUCCAGAAGAAGUCCGAGCAAUGACGUGGCAGCUCCUCCUAGGUUAUUUACCAACCAACAGCGAUCGUAGGGUUAGCACUUUGGAAAGAAAACGAAAAGAGUAUCUGGAUGGAGUUCAGCAGGCUUUUGAGCGUAACCAUUCUGGCCGAGACGACUCGUCCUCAAACCCAGCUCCCGGAACCGGUCGUGGCUUGGACGAAGCGAUAUGGCACCAAAUCAGCAUUGAUAUACCGCGAACAAACCCACACAUUCCGUUGUAUGGCUUUGAAGCUACGCAGCGUUGCCUGGAGAGAAUUUUAUAUGUGUGGGCUAUUCGGCAUCCUGCUAGUGGAUAUGUUCAAGGUAUAAACGAUCUCGUUACACCAUUCUGGCAGGUGUUCCUGAGUUCGUAUGUGACGAAUUUUGAUAUCGAGGAGGGCAUGGACCCCGGACAGUUGCCGAAACAGGUCCUCAACGCAGUUGAGGCCGAUUCCUUUUGGUGCUUGACAAAACUCCUAGAUGGCAUCCAGGACAACUACAUAUAUGCUCAACCAGGAAUCCAUCGCCAGGUAAAUGCGUUGCACGAUCUUACAAGGCGCAUUGAUGCAACACUCGCAAAACAUCUGGAAAACGAGGGCAUCGAAUUUAUGCAAUUCAGUUUUCGAUGGAUGAAUUGCUUACUGAUGCGAGAGAUUAGCAUCAAAAAUACCAUCAGAAUGUGGGAUACAUACAUGGCCGAGGAACAAGGAUUUUCUCGCUUCCACCUUUACGUGUGUGCCGCAUUUUUGGUAAAAUGGUCUGAUCAGUUGCUCAAAAUGGAUUUCCAGGAAAUCAUGAUGUUUUUGCAAGCAUUGCCGACGCGCGAAUGGACGGAAAAAGAUAUCGAACUCCUUUUAAGCGAAGCAUUUAUCUGGCAGAGUCUUUUCCAGGAUUCCAGUGCCCACCUCCGGUCUGGCACAGUGAGUUCCGGGUAA